AAGAGGAGGUCAAAUUCACCUCAGGAGUUUGAAAACGUGAGGCUGUGUCCAGGAUAGGUACGCAGGUGGAGUAACAGUGGACGAUGUGUUUUAAAAUGCAUCGAUCAUAGUUUCGAAUCAGAAAUAAGUGCGGCAGUGCUGGGGUGACGGUUGUCCGUGUCCCGAUAGUAGUCAGUGAACAGAGAUAACAUUAGCUAAUGCUAACGUUACAUGUCGCGUGUUCACGGCUAGCUCGACAAAUAACGUUAGAACUGGAGUAAAAUUAUGACUUUUGCUCGGUAAAAGUCCCUAUGAACUUCCUCUUAGAGGGAAAUGCACCGUGCAUCUUCCUCCGCAGAACGUUAGUUUAAUAACUAGGAAGUGCGUUAGCUAGCUGCUGCACUUUGCAGCCUCUGGCAAGUAUUGUGUCUUUGAGAACUUGUGUCACGGUCACAGCUGUCAUGUUUCACUCCGUGCCUCGUCGUCCGAUUUGCGAGAUCGGUGUUAAUACAAUGAGGCUUCAGAACAGCAGGUCAUUCAGGCGGACUGUCGAGGAGGGCCGAGGAAAGCUUGAGAGGGUCCCAUGGCUGGGCAGGAGCAUGGGCCUACUUCUGUCCUGGCUCCAAAAGGCAGGUGAAAGUGAGGCCGCGGGAUCUGCUCAAAAGAAGAAGGGCUUGCUCUCCAUAUUUGCGGACCAUUGCAGCUUUGUGACCGGACAAAGGCUCCGACGUGCUUGUCAGAUCGGUGAGCUCUACUCAAACCUGUACUCUGAGCGCACCAGGUGGAACCUGGUUGGAAACAUAUGGCGCAGGUUUCAGAGCAAACACGCCCCAACUGGGAAACUGGUCGCGGCCCUGGCUGGUGUCUUCAUGUGGGAGAAUGAGAAGAUUCAAGAUGAGGAAAUUCACAGAUGUGGACUUGAGCUACAGGCUCUGGAGGCUGUGAAACGUCUAAGCACAUCCAUCGGAGCUGUGGCCAGUCAACAGGAUCCUUGCUGGGAAGCUGUGAUGGAGAAGAAAGACUUCAAAGUGUGGAGGCGGCCUAUUCCUAACAGUCACCUCUAUGAAUACAGAGUGUUGGGCUCCUACAACGAUGUCACACCAAGACAGUUCUUCAAUGUACAGUUGGAUACAGAGUACAGGAAGAAAUGGGAUUCUCUGGUUAUCAAGCUUGAAGUGGUGGACAGAGAUGUCAGUACAGGCUCUGAAAUUGUACACUGGGCUACACACUUUCCUUAUCCCAUGUACUCAAGGGACUAUGUGUACGUGCGGCGCUAUGAUGUUGAUGUUGAAAACAACCUGAUGAUCUUGGUAUCCAGAGCUGUGCAGCAUCCCAGAGUCCCAGAGACUCAAGAAUUUGUGAGAGUCCAUUCAUACCAGUCAAAGAUGGUCAUUCGCCCUCACAAGUCCUUUGAUGAGAACGGAUUUGAUUACCUGCUGACCUACAGUGACGACCCUCAGACUGUCUUUCCACGUUACUGCGUGAGCUGGAUGGUGUCAAGUGGCAUGCCUGAUUUUCUGGAGAAGCUGCACACUGCCGCCUUGAGAGCCAAGAACUUGGAGGUGGGGAUCCAUGACUACGCAGGUGUCAUCAAAUCCAGCGACACCAACCGCCAGCCAAGCCAGGAGCGCCUCAGUGGAGAAAACACACACACAGGUGGUCCUGGACAGAUCUACGCUUGAAAAGGAUAUUUUGUAUUUUGUCAGGAGCAAUGCUGGCCUGUUUUCACUUACACUUGAUCCAGCACCAACUACUUGGGUACACUGCGUGAACUGCAGAUGGAAUUUACAACCUACAGUAAAGACAAAUAUCCUCAAAGUCCAUCCAUAGACAUGGUUAUGUUGGUUGUAGAUGAGUGACAAGAACAAUGCACUAUGUUGGUGACAGCAUUACUAUCUUUUGGAGCAAAUGUUGCCAUGGAAAUUGUCAUCCAGACUGCUGGCCUUUGCACAAUUUUUAUUUAGCCAACCAAUGCCACGUGACAUUUUUUGCCUCUUUUGGUAAUGAUGUAUGUCCUGCAACCACUGGUAAGAUCGAGCCAAAACUCAGAAUUGUUGAAAUUCUUUUUGCCAAAACACUGUUUCUCUCAAUUUUAUGUUCUCUGUCUUGUCUUCCAUUGUUCGACAAGGCUCGACUUUUAAAGGCUAUUCAGACCGCCAGCAGUCACAUCUGUCUAUUGGUGUCUGUAGUGUGAUUUCAGCAAGAUGACAUGGAAAUGGUUGUGCAGUAUUGGACAUAAAACAGUAACUAUGACUGGCUUCUGGUCAACAUUAUCACUAACAUAAAACUAUGGCCAGGAUUUCUGCACUAACAGAUGCACCGAGGCCUCUCUCUAACACAUUUCUUCAUGUAUUUCAUGGAUUUAACUGAUUUCCUUUUUGCUUGCAUCAUAAGGGUUUGAUAUUCAUAUGACUGGAUGAGAUGAAUUAAAAAAAAAUAGAGAACUUUACAAAAUGACACCGCUAUUGGAACAAUUGUCCACAGAACUGAAAAUGUAAAAUCUAAUGCUUAUUUUGUGUUAUGGGGAUGGCUUUGGUUUGCUGUCAGCACAGUUGAGGUUUUACACUGUCUGUCUGUUAGUGUCUGUGUGACUGUUCAAAACUGCCAGCGUUGACAAAACAGCCUUCUUGGAGAUAAACCAGUCCUUCAGCAUUAGGGGCAUAGUGUCUUAUAACAACCAAAUAAAUCCUCAGAUAGAAUGGUACUAAUAUGCUUCUAGCAAGGCAGUCCUACCGAGACACAGUUUAAUAAACCUGAGCUCUUUUCAGAGAAACAUAGAGCACUUGUGCCACCCAACAAUCCAUUAACAUUUCAUGUGAGUUAAAAAAAAAAAAAAGUCCUAUUUCGACUCAGAAAGGACUUUGUUAUCGUGGUGUUAAACAGCAGCUGUCACUUUAGUUUGCAGUACUGGAGUUAUGGGGGUUUGUGUUUUCUAUGUGUUACUGUAGAUCUUGUGCAUUCACAAAACCAUAACCUGUAUGCUGGAACUCCCUGUUUUUAUUAGCUCUGUAAAGUUUUACUCCUGCAUUGUGAUUCUACAACUUUGUUAUUAAUGCAGUUCCCACUAAAACUGCAUAUAAUGUAUCCUUCCAAAUCAUCAUGAGCUCUUUGCAGGGGGUGUUUUGAAUGUCCAGAGAGCACCACAUGCUGUGGAAUAAAACAUUGCCUAAUAAAGUACACUGUUUACAGCCUAAUAAUUUGGUGCAAAUAUCUUGAUCCAUCUGUGUUUAAAAAAAACAUCUCAUCUUGUGCUAAAAUGUAAUGUCACUUGUUUUAGGUGGUACAUCAAACUCAAAUCAAAGUAAAUCAGCUGCACUAGUUUCAAGAUAAAGUGGUACAUUGGGUUACACUUUGUGAAGGAAAUCCCACAUCUAGUAUUAAUAUAUCCCCAUCGUCAAAAAUAUGUAUAACUCUAUUCUGUAGUGAAGUUCCUGCUGUUUAAUUUACAAAAUGGCAGUUUAAGAUGUGAGAUAUGCUUGAUGUGUCGAAUGUGUGAAGGAGGAAAUUAAAUGUUUUUUUGAUAUUUUAUCUCUAUCUCUGUGGAUAAACUGUGAGACUAAUGAAAUCAUAAUGGCCCAACUGAACAUGCAAUAUGCAAUAUAUGUUUAUGCUCAGCUUGAGAAUGUAACAUUUUGAUGCUCUGUCAUAUGUAGACAACUGCGUGCCUCCUGCAGUACUAUAAAACAGUUGUCACUUAUGUUUUUGUUUAUUUCUGCAGGCAGUAAAACAUUUGUUGUGAUUUGUUAGCACAUAUGAAUUACUUUAGGAGCAGUCUGGAUAAUUCUGUGAGCUGUUGUAACCCUGUGAUUUCAAGCUUCAUUGAAAUAGAAGAGCAACUGAUCAGAUCAAAUAAACAAAUCUUCACGUGUG